ACUCGCACUUUGCGCCUCGCUGUGUUUGCACAUGGUGCGCAACAUGCCAUGCAAGUGGCACACUUACACCAUGCUGCUAUCCUCGACCUGGACCAGGCACGAGCUUUGCCUGGACCACAGCACAGAGGGUCAGGUCGUUGCACCGGAAGUGGCGUUUGGAAGGCCUGGCCGAUGGUUUCGCUCCCAUUCUGCCUAAAAAGGAGAUUGGGGCACUGCCGACGUCGCGAGUGUGGACUCUUGGCGCCGCUCAGGUACCUUUGCCGAGACGGUGAGCCGUGGCGGACGCAGCUGCGGAGGUGGCCCACGGAGUCUCGUGACCCGGAGGUCUUUUGGGAGGAGGCGGUUCCGGAUGGCGCCGCAGUGGAUGUUCUCGAGCUCGCUGGCAGCUUCGCAAGAGUCAGGACAAUGAGUGGAAUGGAAGGCUGGGUGCAAAAGCAGUAUCUUCGUGGCUUUGUUCGGACGGGGCACCAGGUCACAAGCGUUGGUUGCUUGAUGCCUGGGACUCAGGCCUCCGGCCCCUCAGUGCUGAAGGCUGCCGUGCCCAGCGUUUCUGGGUGGAAGGGAGCUCCCCUGCCACGCUUGGAGCGUUUGAAGGGCGUCUUGGAAUCUCUUCAGCUCAGAUGCCAAUUGGCGGCAGAAGAGCUGUGCCCGUCGGCGGCUCGGGAUGCACCCCAGUUCCUACGAUAUGCCUGGGCAGCACCGGCCACCGCCAUCGUGCUGGGCGCGUGGCAGGGUGGAAGGGGCAUCACCUUCCGUGGCAGUUCCUCCGAGUUGCUACGUGCGCUGGACCUCUUGGGCUACCUUUCAGUGCCCGGUGAUCUCCUGGAUGAGAUAAUCCCUUUGGAGCUUGGCACUUCAGCCCCCUCCUUCUCCUGUGCUUUGCUGGGCGAAGGUGCCGACUUCUUCCUGCGCCGCGAGGCGCUCCCGUUCGGGCACGCGGUGGCCUUGCUGGCCGGCGGGCCGCUUCAGGUGCGUUUGCGUCCGCCGGAGAGCCCAGUGCCCAGCGACGCCUUGCUGGGACACCGCACUGCAGCGCUGUCACGGGUCGAUUUGUUUCACCAUGAUUUUGCUGCUUCGGCCGAGUUGGAGGCAGAGUUGCACGAAGGCGAUGUGCUGCUGAUUCCACCUGGCUGGUGGCAUCAGCCCUUGGCUUUGUCCCCAGCUGCCAUGGCCGUGAAGCCUUACCUCAGCGAGGCCAUGGUGCCGCCUCUUCAACGACUCUUGUGUGCGACGGACUUGCUGGUGAAGGAAGACACCACCAUGUCCGAGAUAUUGAGACUCCUUGGGCUGCAGCUGAGAGUAGGUGCGUGGCCUUUCUGGCCUGCGUCGACGCCCGAUGGCUCGUUCCAAGAUCGGAGGAGACGAGCACUGGAGGAACAGCCUGGCUUUGUCUACAGCGGGCAGGCUCUUCCUGCCGAUGCAGAUCUUUGGUCAAAGGAUGAGCUGCAAAGCUUCAUCGCAACGGGUGGCUUCAUCCAGCCGCGGCGGCGAAGACUGCGGUUACCACGUGACGCGGUGCCAAGGACCGCUGCUCCGCAACUGCGAGAGUGGUUGGAAAUACCUCUAGACCAAGGUGACCUCUCAAUUCCAAGUGAGGAUGCGCCCAAAGUGAUCUGGAUGUACUGGGCGCAGGGCUCCAAGCAACUGAAUGGCUUCAGGCGUCUUUGCGUGCACACAUGGCAAGUGCAGAAUCCUGAUUGGAAGAUCAAGAUCCUCGAGAAAGAGACAGUGGCCCGCUUCAUUGAGCCCUCAGAACUGCCGAGAUGCUAUGAGGAGUUGCCUGCGGCGCAACAGUCCGACGCUCUACGUUUGGCCUUGUUGGCCAAGUACGGAGGUGUCUAUACUGAUGUGGCCACCAUUUGUCUUCGCCCACUAGAGGACUGGCUUUGGGGCAGCAUGUCAGAUGGUACGCUGGAGCAGGGACUAGGUGCUUGGUAUUUGGCCUGUUUUGGCAUGGAACCAGGUGUGAGCAAGGAGUAUGUGGAGAAUUGGUUUCUGGCAGCCAGAGCGAAUCAUCCUUUGGUUCUUGCUUGGAGGGACCUCUACAAUACUGGCUGGGAAGGUGUCAGGACUCGACAUGACUAUCCACUUCAGCCCCUUUUUCGAGAUGUGGACUUGUCGCACAUUAGCAUCGCAGAGCAUCGUGACUGGCUCUUGAUGCAUGUGUGCUUCAAAAAGCUCAUCGAUGAGGAUGCUGGAUUGAGGCGGAUUUGGGCUGAAGAGAUGACACUCUUGAAGGCAGAUGAGGGUGCGCUAGCAUGGAUGGCAGAUGUGGACGCUGACCGACCCGAGGACGCAGUGCGUCUAUGGCUCGGCCAAGACGUAGCUUGGACUUCUCGGCAAUUGGAGCUGGCGCCGAUGCUGAAGUUUGUUGGGGAUGCAGCCCAGGUGGAAGCGAGCUUGAUGGAAGCUCCAGAGACUGAAAUGAUGUGCUUGCAAGGGCCUUGCCCAGACAUCCGAGCGACGGAGAAAGAGGGGAUCCUCCGUCGAGUGACGGUCCCCGUGGUGACUCGGGGCGGUGUGAAAACGACGCUCCUCGGCUCCGAGAUCGGAGCUUCGCUGGGGACAUGCAAUGGACAGCUCCGUGUGGUGGCUUUGGUAUCUCCUUCUAUGGAAAGUGGCUAUUCCAGCGAUGCGCGUGAGGGAGGACAAUUGUCUUUGACAGGGAGAUACAAGGUGUCGUCUCAGAUCACGAUCACCGAGAAGUGCCGCGUGGUGGGCUCCCAAGCCACCGUGGUGGUCGAGGAAGAGAUCCUCUUCAAAAAGGAUGUUCGCUUCAUCGGCUCCAUCCGCUUUGUGGGCCAGGAGCACCGUGGGCCACAGGCCCGAUGUCUCGAAGUGGAGGGUCGCCUAGCCUUUAUGCUGGCCGCAGUGACCUUUGAAGGUUGUGGUGGGCCAGAGACUGAAGAUGGAGGAGGGAUCUACGGUGGGAGCGAUGUGACAUCCUUCCGGAGUAACAUCACUUUUGAGAGAUGCCAAGCAAUUGAUGGAGGAGGCCUUUUCGUUGGACAGAACUUCAAGAGUUCUUCAUCCACCUUUGAGUUCAAGUCUUGCGAGGCGCAUUACUCUGGAGGAGGCAUGCUUGUGAAGGGCAACGUGACCCUGGCCUCAUGGGCAAUUGCUCGAUUCGAGUCUUGCAGGGCGACUGACACCUCGGGGCAUGGCCUUGGGGGUGGUGGGCUUGCGGUGUCCGGUGACAAAUUCACCGCAAGUGGCAACAUAUCCUUCCACAACUGUAGCGCUUUUGCCGGUGGAGGUCUGUCCAUGCCAGCAGCAAAUUCUGUCCUGGCAAACACGGGCGGCAUCAUAGCAGCGAAGGAUUGCCGGGCACAGACCAAUGGCGGUGGAUUGCUGGUGAGCAGCCUACGUCAAGCGAAGCGGGCGCACAUGGACUUCCAGAGUUGCUUUGCAGGGCAGUCAGGAGCUGGCAUUGCCAUGCAUUGGAAUGGUCGUCUCAGGGGCACGACCCGCUUUGUGGACGGACACGCAGUUGUCCAAGGGGGAGCGAUCAGCGCGCAGACCCUGGAAGUUGAAGGGCGCAUGGAGAUCAGGAGGUCCAGGGCCUUUGAAGGGGGCGGCAUUGCUCUCACCCACAAAAUGAUCAUGAGCAAAGGGGAUGUGUAUAUGGAAAAGUGCUUUGCCCAUACUCGCGGCGGUUGCAUUUUUGCAAUAAGCAUGGUAGUUGCGAGUGGAAAUCUCGAUCUGAAGGAGGCCUCAGCAAUGCACACUGGCGGCGCUGUGUUUGUGCAAGGCAUAUUCAAACAGUUGGAUGGUCGCAUUGCCGUGGCCAAUUCCUCGGCCGCCUUGGGCGGGGGCAUUCGAUGCUCUUGGUUCCUUCAGUACAAGGGGCUCUUGUCCGUUGAAGACACGAUCGCCAGAGAGACAAACAUCAGUAAGUUAUAUGCACAAGGAGGAGAUUCUGAUUCGCAACUCCACUGCUGGACGCCAAGGAGGAGGUGGAAUACGAGCUACUAUGAUUAUGACCGUCGGCAAGUUAACCAUGGAAGCUGGUCAUGCUUCCAAAGGUGGAUGCAUCACAAUCUCUCAAAAACGUCCAACUUUGGACAGGUUGUCCCGAUUCAGCCUGGCCAAGUUCUUGAACACCCUCGUCGAAACCACAGGGUACGAUAG